GCCGCAAAACUGUUUUAAAAUAUUGCAAUAAAUUAAAAUAAAAAAGGUUUAACAACAUGGUUUUAUUCACACACUCAAGCCGCUUUCUGUGGCGCACAGUUUUAAGCCAAAAUCAAGUGAACUAUUGUCAGUUGGCCACAGCGCUGCGUCCAAAAAAAUCCAAAUCAACACGCAAGGAGGCUCAAUACUUUUCGGAUGCAAAGCGUGUCAGAACAGUGGGUGGCAAGGGAGGCGAUGGCUGUGUAUCCUUCCUACAGCUGUGGUGCAAUGAGCGCGCUGGACCCGAUGGCGGCGACGGCGGCAACGGUGGACAUGUCAUCUUCCAAGCCUGCAACGAUGUGCGUAAUUUUAAUCAUGUUAGCAGCGUGCAACGCGCUACUGAGGGCACACCUGGCAGCGCCAAAGAAUGUCAUGGCAAGAAUGCAAAGCAUACAAUUAUCAAAGUGCCCAUAGGCACAGUUAUACGCAAUGCCAAAGGAGCUAUAGUAGCUGAUCUAGCCCAGGCAGACUUGAUGUUUGUGGCAGCACGUGGUGGCGCUGGUGGCAAGGGCAAUCGCUUUUUUACAACCGACAGGGAGACGAGUCCCAAGGUAUGCGAGUAUGGACCACCUGGCGAGGAUUCCAGUUAUGUCUUGGAGCUACGCAGCAUGGCUGAGGUGGGCCUUAUAGGCUUUCCUAAUGCGGGAAAAAGCACACUCUUGAAUGCUUUAACACGCGCAAAGCCCAAAGUAGCGCCAUAUGCAUUUACCACACUGCGUCCGCAUCUGGGUACCGUGCAAUAUGAUGAUCAUGUGCAGCUGACCAUAGCUGAUCUGCCGGGUCUGGUGCCAGAUGCACAUCGGAACAAGGGAUUAGGCAUACAAUUCCUCAAGCAUGCAGAGCGCUGCACAUUGCUGUUGUUUGUGCUAGAUGCUAGCGCGUCUGAGCCCUGGCAACAAUAUAGACAGCUGAUGCAUGAGCUGGAGCAGUUUGGUGGCAGUCUAGCGCAGCGUCCUCAGUUGGUGGUGGCAAACAAAAUGGACAUGGAGGCAAGUGCGGCGAAUUACGAGCAACUGCAGCAAGAAUUGAAGGAUGCAAAUAUAUUGGGCAUUAGCGCCAAAAUGGGACAAAAUCUGGCACAACUGCUGAGUACCAUUCGCAGUGCCUAUGAUCGACACAAAGCCGACGAGCAGCAGCAACAUAAUAUAUAAAAUAAAAUUAGUUAAU